AUACUUUGUCUCGCAGUUUCUUCUUGGUUUGGUGUGUAGUGAGCCAGUAAGUGUGUACCCAGUACAAAAAUAGCUCCUAUCACUAACGGCAGAACUGGCAGUGGAUCAUUUAUUCUGUCUUUGCAGCCGAUUAAUGUUCACCUCAGCUGACUUUGCUAUAAGUUGUACACCUCUGUGCCUGUAGCCGAAAUAUUAAGCACAACAUAUUAAGUAGCAUUAAUAAAUAUUGAUUUUUGUCGCGUGGUGUAAUUAUGGCCAGAGCCAGUGUUGUCCAGAUAACAAAAAUGUUUACAAAGGACUUCAUGUACAGGUUAUUCAUUUAUCAGAGUAACCGGGAAUGACACACAAAUACUUAACAUUAAAUGACACCAGCAUCUCCCUUAAAAUGCAGUGGCCAAACAAUCACUUGCACAAGAACACACUCAGGUAAACACAACUUGAAGGGAACAACUUUAUAGUUUUAUCAGUGGUGGAAUCAAAGUACUCAAGUAGGCUACUGUAGGCAACUUUAGUACAAAUUCUAGGUACUUGUCCUUGUACUUGUGUUCCCAUUUUAUGUAGCUUUACAGUACUCUAUCUCGGAUAUAUAAAUGCAGCCAUUUAUUAGAUCCAUCUCACACAGCAAAAUAUGACAUGAACCAGUAAGAUUUAUGGCACCAGGAGCUUUGAAAGGUGUUUUCAAAGCUCUGUUGGAACUGUAUUUAAUCACCUGUACAUACUCUACAGAGUCAUCAUCUUCCACCGUGUCUCUCUCAUCUUACAGUCCUCACAUGGACAUGUCCUCUCCAGAGAUCACCUCUCUGUCCUGGGGCCACAUGAAGGUGAAGGGAUGCUCCUCCAGCUACAAGGACUGUAAGGUCUGGCCCGGAGGCAGCCGGGCCUGGGACUGGAGGGAGACGGGGACCAACCAUUCCCCAGGAGUCCAACCCGCCGACCUGGAGGAGGUGCUGAAGAAGGGAAUAGACUUGUUGGUCAUCGGCAGAGGAAUGAGUGAAGCUCUGCAGGUUCCCUCCUCCACACUGGACUUCGUGAUGCAGAAGGGCGUCGACGUCAGGGUCCUGCAGACGGAGAAGGCCGUUGCCGAAUACAACAAACUGGCUGGCCAGGGCGCCAAGGUGGGGGGGGUCUUCCACUCCACCUGUUGAUGUCACCUUUAGCCUUGCUACACCAACUGAGACGGCCUUACACGGGACGGAGGACAGCCUGCAGUGCACCAUGUCCCACAGUCUGGGUUUUAGAUACAGCUGGCUAGCUCUGCUAGCUUCACGCUUUUCUCAGCGUGACUGCAGACCACUGAUUUAGGGUCAGAUUGAAACAUCUUAAUGUCCAAUCCAUUAUUAUAAAUCUUCUUUUGUAACAAAUUGAAGAUGCAAUGCAACUCCAUUUGAUUUUACAGGCCCAUUUUGUGGAAUAUUAAAGCACAACAACCACUUUUCAACUGUCAGCAAACAGACAUAUGGUCAGGUCAUAUGGUAAUGAAUGUGUAGUUCAGUGCAUGUAUUUCUGCUUGUUGGAUACACAAAAUAAAAUUUGAAAAUGAGUCAUCUCCAUCA